AUGGAAGAAGAUGCUGAUGGACUUCUCCUGCCGCAUAAUGAUGCCCUGGUAAUUUUCCUUAAUGUUCUAGAUUUAAAGAUUAAACGUGUUUUGGUUGAUCCAGGAAGUUCAACCAACAUUAUUCAAUGGAGAGUUUUGGAACAAGCCAAAUUAACCGGAAGCAUCGUUGCGACCACAAAGCUCCUCGCUGGGUUCAAUCUGGCAAGAGUGACAACCCGAGAGAAGAUCUUGUUGCCCACGAAUGUCGAAGGGGUCACAAAACCCAUCGUAUUUGAAGUGGUGGAAGGUGACAUGGGUUACAACAUAAUCCUCGGUAGACCAUGGUUGGAUGAGAUGAAGGUUGUACCAUCACCUUAUCACUAA